ACAUCCAUUUAUCUUCACUCUUGGGAGUCUUUAGUUGACAUAACCUAGUACCUGUGCUUACCCAACCUACUGUUCUGUAGACAGUUUUCCCAUUGCCUCAGUUCAGGAUUUCCACUCCAGAAUCUGCAGCUAAAUGAGAUCAUGAUUUUGGAAGGAGCUGGCAGAAUGAGUAUCAAUUCCAGCAGCAAUCUACUCCACCAGCAGCCUUCCUGGACAGAUGGAUAUUCUACAUGCAAUGUAUCCAGUAGCUUCUAUGGAACCCAGUGGCAUGAAAUACACCCGCAGUACUGGACUAAGUUUCAAGUCUGGGAGUGGCUGCAGCACCUCCUUGAUACCAACCAACUGGAUGCCAACUGCAUACCUUUCCAGGAGUUUGAUAUCAAUGGGGAACAUCUGUGUAGUAUGAGCCUGCAGGAAUUCACUCAGGCAGCUGGGACAGCAGGACAACUGCUUUACAGCAACCUCCAGCACCUAAAAUGGAAUGGCCAGUGUGGAAGUGACAUGUACCAAUCUCAUAAUGUCAUUGUGAAGACAGAGCAAACAGAUCCGUCAUUGAUGGUGUCCUGGAAAGAAGAGAACUAUCUUUAUGACAGUGGCUAUGGUAGCACAGUAGAGUUAUUGGACAGUAAAACAUUCUGUCGUGCUCAGAUUUCCAUGAUGACACCUAGUCACCAAUCUUCUGACUCUUCAGACGCAAAAAAAUCUCAAGAUCAUACCCCAAAGUCGCACACCAAGAAGCACAAUCCUCGAGGAACUCAUCUUUGGGAAUUUAUUCGUGAUAUUCUUCUCAAUCCUGAGAAAAACCCAGGAUUAAUCAAGUGGGAAGAUCGGUCAGAAGGUGUCUUCAGAUUUUUAAAAUCUGAAGCUGUGGCUCAGCUGUGGGGAAAGAAGAAGAACAAUAGCAGCAUGACUUACGAGAAACUCAGCCGGGCUAUGAGAUACUAUUAUAAAAGAGAAAUCCUGGAGCGCGUGGAUGGUCGGAGACUAGUAUAUAAAUUUGGAAAGAAUGCCCGUGGUUGGAGAGAAAAUGAGAAUUAAAUCUAUCAAGAAAUAACAUUUAAAACACACGGAUGUAAAUAUUCAAGGACUAUUUUCUUAUAUUUAUGUACCAAACUGGGAUGAAAAAACAAUUCUACUUCUGUCGGGAAGAAAGAACGUUAUCAUUAUUGGUGUUAAAAUUAUUUUAUUUGAAGUAUGUCCUGUAUGGGGAAAAAAUGUACACAGUUUUCUGUGAUAUAAGUUAACAUUAUAGAAUUAUGAUUAUUUUUCCCUUCUUGUGAAGCUUUCCUUUUUUUUUUUUUUUAAAUCAUACAGGCAUAAUGUGAUUUAUGAGUCAUGCAAAGAAAGGGAAGGAACUAAAUUCUAGGGCAUUUAGGGAGUAUGAUAAUCCACUUUGGAAGGCAACUAUAAGUGGAGGAAACAGUAAAGCAUCUCUGAGCCAAGUAGCCUUCUUCCACAGUCAGAUGGUUUAUAACUUUCCUUGGCUAAUACCACUUGUUCCUUCCCACCUCUGAUUUCUGAGUGUUUUAAUACUUUUCUGGCUUUCAGCUGCUUUUCUUGAAUUAGACAGUGGGUUCCUCUUUAGCUGGCUUAUCCCAGCCACGAGAACAGCGGCUUUGCAAGGUGGCUGUCAGCAUUUUUUUGGAGAGCCCAUACUACCUCCACCAUUGCAACCUUCUUUUGUAGGCAGACAUUUAGGACCAGACCGUACCUGGUUCUCAGUGUCCUCCCUAACCUCCAAAGAGCAUUCAGCUCGCCCCAGGAAAAAGGCUAUUUGUUAUUAACUAAAUAUUGUUGGGGUGAACUGCUGGAAGAGUCAACCUUGGGGACCAAAAGCUAUUGAAGGAAGAUUGUUUUCUGACUGGGCAAACUUAUUAAAAGGCACUGGUUUCCCAGUAGGAAUGUUAAUAGUCCUCUCACCCUCUUGCACUUCUAAUUAAAGCUUUCAAGUCUGUGCCAUAUGAAGCAGUGAGGAGGUGGGCAAGCAGAACAUUUAUUAAUCCCAUGGCAUGAGGAAGAAGUCUCCCCAGUUACUUCAAGCUUUGUGGUCCUCCUGGAAGGUCAAGUCUCACUUGGACAGAUACUUUCAAAAAAACUUUGAGAAAUGCAAAGCUAAACUGUGUGUAAAGUAUUAGUUCCCUUUGCUUUCCUCAAGUCUAACUCUAUACUGUACUUGUAUUUGUCAGUUGUGCUUGGGAUUCUUAGUUGGAGGGAAAACCCCAUCAACAUAAAGACACUGAGAUUUUAGGGACAUUCAGAUCUGGGUCAGUAUUUUGGGUUCACCUCUAGCAGUGCUAUGCAGACACUGAGCGUUCCUCGGCAGCUUUUCCUUUCUCCAAGUCACAAAUGCUUUCUGCCAGCACUGAGCAUAUACAGAACAUAGGGAAAUAAAAACUAGAGGAGGCAGCACUUCACCAGGUCACUGACUAUGUGAGAUGUGGGAGUUGAGAAACAGGAUUGUCUUGGUGAUGUUAACAGAGGUGAAACCAAGAUCAUUUUCAAAUCACUUUUUCAGGGAUGAGGAGUUUGGGAAACAAUAGCAGGGACUGAGAAGUCCAGGAUUAAAAAAAGAAAAAGGGAAAAAAAAGGAAAAUUAAGAAUAUUCAAUCCAUCCAGUAUCCAUUUCCUCAGGCAUCCCCUGGGUUUGAAUCCAUAUUAGCUUGAAAUACAGCAAAAUACAGCUGGAGGUUGCAGGUUAUUCCAUUUUUGUUUGUCUUAAAAGGAAAUAGAGAUGAAACUAAGAGACAACAGAAGUAUCAAUAUAAAGGGUAUAAAACGUGCUUAGCAACAAUUUGUAGGCAAACAUGAGAGCCUAACUUGUUAUCUACACAUGUAGGGCAUGUUAAACAAUAACACCACCUCCUACACUCUGUAUGCCAGAGCUGUCACCAUCAAUUACCCAUACAUGACAAUUUUUACUUUUCAUAACCUGGGUGGAGAGAGGUUCAUCUUAUUUACAAAUCAAAUAAUAAGCCUGUGUACUUCAAAGCAUUUUUUUCUCUCAGUCUAUCUCUGUUGGUUUUUUUUAUUUGGCUGUCUGUGCUAGCCUUGCUUGCUUUUGCGCAACUCAGUAAUUUCAUUUUUUAGCUUAAUUUGCUACAUUUCACUUCCUUUACCAUCAUUCUGUAGUUGAUAGAACAAGAAUCAGGCCACCAGAUGAGAAGAGCACUUUCACUUUGCUUGUAAGACCAUUUCUUCCCCCUGCCUGAUGGUUAUUUGUAGCCCUUUGCUCCAUGCUCUUCACCUCCACACCUUGGGUGAAAAUCUGAGAUCAGUGGUACUGUCACAAAUCUGCAAUGUAGUUCUACCUAAUCUCAGGUUAACAUGUAUCUUAUAGCAAUGGAUUGUAAUACUUCAUGAAUUUGCUUUCUACCUGAUCUCACAAAAUUUCUUGGGAGAUAAAACAAACCUGUGAUAUAUGCGUGUCACCACUUGGUUGCUGAGCAGCAGCUAAACCUGCCUGUAAAGGUUUCAAAAGAUAAAACUGUACUUAGAAGCAUACUGUAUAAAUUGAGAGAGUGGUUUACAUUGGGAUGCAGUAUAAAUGGUCUUCCACUGUCACAUCUUUCAGCAUGUGGAAAUCAUGCAAGUUCUGUUUCCACCCUGCAGAACUUUGCAGAGUACUAGGUACUCGUCAUUCAAUAUUACAAUAGCACAAAGUUGGAAUAGAAGCCAGCCAACAUUUACUCUGUUUUACAAAUAUAUUAACCUUUGCCUAAGACAAACACAAAGGACUGUUUAAAACUACAGUUCUUGCCAAGGACAGAUGCAACCAACCAAAGAGAGUCUUUUUACCAGACCUAAGCAAACGGAGAAAAUGAAGAGAUGAAUUUUUAUGUAAAUUGCUAUUUAAACAAAAAGCAUUUCUGAUUGCUCUUUUAUUUUGUAUUUCAGAGGCUGAGCAAUCAUAUUUUUAGAUGUAUCCUUUAAGUUAGCAGCUGCUGAACUGGUAGCACCAUGUGUAUAGAUUUUUAUUGUACCAUAAUUUUUCAUAUGUAUAAAGCUCUAGAUAGGAAAGUAUAUUGUAUUUAUACAGUUACAUGCAAAUCACAAUGUCAAAGGGUUGGCAUGAGCACUCUCAACAUUUUCUGCACAAAAUUAGAGCAACUUGCUCUAAAAACAUCCUGAGAAACUGUAUGUAGGCUGUUGAACUACAUAGACAUUAAAAUGUUUAGUUACAUUUUCGUCUUUCUUUCUGCAGCACAUUGCAUAAUUCCUGCUUGCUUCUCAUAGCAUCGUCUUCAAUGUCUACGUGGGGAAACAAAUCCAAGUUAGCUAUUUCACUAUUGCCAUUGUAAAUCUCAGCUUGGAGACAAUGUAUUCACAAAAUGGUUCUAAAGACUGUUUCUAUUUUUGUGAAUAUGAUAUAAAUUCAAAUAAAACACUCAUGAAAGAAAUUA